AUGUCUUCCAACUCUUUAGAAUACUUAAAGGCCACUGGCACUGUUGUCGUCACCGACACCGCCAUUGCCAAGUACAAGCCUCAAGACGCCACUACCAACCCUUCGUUGAUUUUGGCUGCUGCUAAGAAGCCCGCUUACGCUGCUUUGAUUGAGAAGGCUGUUGAGGCUGCUAAGAGCAAGGGCUCUUCUCCUGCCGAGAAGGCCAGUGCUGCUUUGGACAUUCUUCUUGUUGAGUUUGGUACCGAGAUUCUUAAGAUUGUUCCUGGCCGUGUUUCCACCGAGGUCGAUGCUCGUCUUUCUUUCGAUAAGGAGGCUACUAUUAAGAAGGCUUUGGAGCUCAUUGACUUGUACAAGUCCAAGGGUAUUUCCAAGGAUCGUGUUUUGAUCAAGAUCGCUUCUACUUGGGAGGGUAUCCAAGCUGCUCGUGAGCUCGAGGCCAAGCACGGAAUCCACGUCAACUUGACUUUGUUGUUCUCGUUUGUGCAAGCCGUUGCUGCCGCCGAGGCCAAUGCCACUCUUAUCUCCCCCUUCGUUGGCCGUAUCUUGGAUUGGUACAAGGCUUCGACCGGAAAGACCUACGAGUCUUCUGAGGACCCCGGUGUCCACUCUGUUAAGGGUAUCUACAACUACUACAAGAAGUUCGGUUACAAGACCAUUGUCAUGGGUGCUUCUUUCAGAAACACUGGUGAGAUCAAGGAGCUUGCCGGUGUUGAUUUCUUGACCAUCUCGCCCAGUUUGCUCGAGGAGUUGUACAACUCGACCGAGGCUCUUCCCAAGAAGCUCGACGCCGCCUCGGCCUCGUCGCUUGACCUGCAAAAGGUCUCGUACGUUGACGACGAGCCCAGCUUCCGUUUCCUGCUCAACGAGGACCAAAUGGCCACCGAAAAGUUGUCCGACGGUAUCCGCAAGUUCUCUGCCGACUGCGUCACUCUCCUCAAGCUCUUGGAAUCCAAGUUCUAA